GGGCUGGAGCACCUCCACCAGCACCGCAUCGUCUACCGCGACCUCAAACCCGAGAACGUCCUGCUGGACGAUGCCGGCCACGUCCGUCUGUCCGACAUGGGCUUGGCCGUGGAGCUCAAGGAUGGAGAAAGCAAAACCCGCGGCUACGCCGGGACCCCAGGGUUCAUGGCCCCCGAGCUGCUGAAGAACGAGGACUAUGAUUGGUCGGUCGAUUACUUCACGCUGGGGGUGACGGUCUACGAGAUGCUGGAGGCCAAAGGCCCCUUCCGCCGGCGGGGGGAGAAGGUGACCCCACCCCCAGAGCCCCCCAGUACAGACCAGUACAGACCAGUGGAGAACAAGGAGGUGACGCGGCGCAUCCUGAACGACCCGGUGACCUACUCGGAGAAGUUCAGCGCGGCGGCGCGCGAGGCCUGCGAGGGGCUCCUGGCCAAGGACCCCCAGGCCCGCCUGGGCUUCCGCGACAACGACUGCGCGCAGCUGAAGGCCCACCCCUUCUUCAGGAGCAUCAACUGGGGGCGCCUCGAGGCCGGCCUGGUGCCCCCCCCGUUCGUGCCGGACCCCCGGCGCGUCUACGCCAAGGACCUGGGCGACGUGGGGGCCUUCUCCACGGUGAAGGGCGUGGAGCUGGACGCGGGCGACGCGGCGCUGUGCGACGCCUUCGCCUCGGGCACCGUGCCCAUCCCCUGGCAGGAGGAGCUGAUCGAGACCGGCGUCUUCGAGGAGCUCAACGUCUGGGGGGCCCCGGGGACGCUGCCCCCCGACCUGGACCCCAGCGCCGCGGCGGGCGCGGGCGGAGGGAAGUCCUCCACGUGCCAGCUGCUGUGA